UUUCCUGUCACACUGUCACGUCAAAUGUCAACGUUGUGACGUGCCGCUUUUUCCGUUUUUCGUUUUGGCUUUUUUGCGAUUUCUUUUCCUCAUUUAAAAGUUCGCGCAUAAUUUUUCAUCCGCGCUGUACAGCCCUGUCACAAACAUUACCCCCACCCUUCCAAUAUCGUUGAUCAAAAAAGCUCCCUUCAAUAUAAAAGUUGUGCACGUGCCGGGCUCAUUUUAUUAAAUUUAAGUGUUGUUAUGUAUUUUUAAGUACCAAAAGCCGCGCAUCAAAAUGGUUCAGGCUCCCGAUAUUAAUAUUGGGCACCGGGACUUGCCCCAGGCGCUCAUUUUGUUGAACGAGAUGAACGUGAGUGCACAACACGUUGCUUCGUUGGUCGACAACAUGAUCCAGAAGGUGCGAAAGGGGGAACUAUCGACGGACCAGGGGCUUAGUUUUCUAGAAAUGAAGUACAACAUGUUGUUGAGUUACUUGAUUAACUUGACUUUCGUGGUUUUGCGGAAGUGCUCUGGGGAGAAAAUUGAAGGCGACCCGUGUAUUGAUAGACUUAUUGAAAUUCGAACAGUAUUGGAAAAAAUUAGACCCAUUGAUCACAAACUUAAGUAUCAAAUUGAUAAACUCGUCAAGACUGCCGUUACGGGAACCAAUGCGAACGACCCGACUACGUUUAAAGCCAACCCUGACAAUCUCAUCGACGAGGAGAGCGAUGAGGAGCCUGAUAGGGAGAAGGAGAAGAGCGACAUUUACGUACCGCCGAAACUGUCAGCGGUUCAUUAUACCGGUGAUGAAAGCGCGCAAGAGCGCGCCAAGCGGCUGCAAGAACGCACCAAGAAGCACAUGCUGUCAACGUCAAUCAUGCAAGACUUGAAGGAGGAGUACUUGGACACGCCUGUGGAGGUGUCACAGACCAGCCGCGCCCAGCAAAUCCUGUCCAAGCAACAAAAGGAGCGGGAGGAGUACGAGGAGGAGUACAUGACGCGGCUGCCCGUCAGCAAAUCAGAGAAGCACAAGCGGCGUCAGCUGACCACGUUGGGCAGUCUGGGGGACGAGAUUACCGACUUUGGCCCCUCCCCUAGUUCUAGUAAACGGAAAAGGAAACGUCCAGUCAAAUCAAAAGGGAAAAAUUUCAAAAGGAAACGUUAUCAUUGAUAUCAGUAUUUACUGGUUUACAAUUAAAUCAAGAGCUUGAAACCCCAGUUGCCUAUGGUGACCUUAUGAUUUUUGAAUGUUUUCUCAUUGUAAAAGAAAUUCAAAAUUGUGUAGAUUAUUAGGGUUAAUGGUUGUGUUCUUUGUUUUUGUGUAUUAGACAUUUGGCAUGCACUUUGGAUGUUCGUUCGAUUUUGAGUUGGUUUAUUGGUUAUCGUCGUAAUAUAGACUGAAAGUAUUUUUACAAAUGUUAUCAAAACUGUUGCUCUACAUUCUCAUUGAGGAGUAAAUAUUUUACAUGAGACACUUUUUCACGCUGGAAUUGUGUGAAAUGUUGAAUACAGUAAUGGAAAUGGUAAAUUUUUGUACUUUAACGUAGUUUCUCGAAUAUUUUCUAGGGCUUGUAUUAAAUCACGGAACUGCGUUAAGUACGUUCCCAAUUGCCUUGUACAGGUUAUAUUGUUGUUAACGUUAACCACAGUUUAUUUUCAGACUGGAUUAUCGGUUGUUGAAUAAUUAAAUCUACAAUUACAGUUUCAGUUUUCAUUGUUAACAUUCUUUUUAUUGUUAUUUUUGUUACGUUGCGUUUACAAUGUUACUACUUCUCUUGGCGUUUUUGUCUCGUCUUGUGUUUUAGUUGUAGUGAUAUGUUAUUAAUCUAGAUAUUAAACAAAAAAAAAAUGUAUUCAGUAGCUCAUGUCCUUUGGUGUACUCGUAUUUCGUAGAAUGUUUAGGUAUGCUACUGAAAUUGACAAAAAUUCUCAGCUCAAAAAAAUUAAUAAUGUAUCGUCAUAGGUUAUAAGUUUAUGGCUUUAAUCAGUUAAUUACUUUUCAUUUGUAGACAUGAAUUUUUUAAUAUAUAUUUUUUUCUUA